AUGGCGGCCGCCACCGUCGACUAUGCCGCCAUUGUCGCCGCCUGGUCGCCGGAGGAGCGCGUCGCUCGAGAGAAGAAGUUUCUGAGGAAGAUUGAUUUUCGUCUCUUGCCAAUCUUGAUUGUCAUGUACAUCAUGAACUACAUCGAUCGCAAUGCCGUCCCGCACGCUCGAGUCCAAGGCCUGGAAGAGGAUCUGGGCCUCAAGGGAGUCCAGUACAACAUCGUCCUGAGUGUCACGUUUAUUGGAUACAUUUUGAUGCAAGUUCCUAGCAACAUGAUUCUUAGCAUGGUCCGACCUAGUUGGUACCUCGCGCUGUGUAUGGUUGCUUGGGGUAUCGUCAGCGGUGCCACGGCGGCGGUGAAAGGCUUCACCGGUCUUGUGAUUUGCCGUUUCUUCCUUGGAGUGACAGAGGCCCCCUUCUUCGUCGGCGUCGCAUUCCUCUUCAGCGGAUGGUAUACGAGAAAAGAACUGGGUCUACGCUUGGGAAUCUUCUUCUGCGCCGCCAUGCUCUCAGGAGCCUUUGGUGGUCUUUUCGCGGCCGGAAUCGCAGCUGGAUUCGCGAACAAUAAGAUUGAGAGCUGGCGCUGGUUGUUCCUCAUCGAGGGUAUUGCGACGGUUGUCUUUGCAGUCGUCACUGGUAUGGUUAUACCUGACUGGCCUGCUACAACCAAGUGGCUGUCCGAAGAGGAGAAGGCGCUGGGUAUCGUGCGUAUCAUCGAAGACGCUGGUGAAGAGGAGGAAGAAAUCUCCACGUUUACUGCCUUCAAGAUGGCUGCCAAGGACCACCGUGUCUGGCUCUGCAUUGUUGGCCAGAUGUGCGUCCAGGCUGUUGCGUCUUUGACUAAUUUCCUGCCCACUCUUGUCAAGAGCUUUGGCUAUUCUACCAUCAAGACCCUCCUUCUGACAGCUCCGCCAUUCCUGUUCACGGCACUCUUCUGCCUCUUCAACACAUGGUACUCGGAUCGUACCAGCAAGCGAUCUCCCCACAUGAUCUUCCCGAGCUUCGUUGCUCUGGCCGGAAUCAUCAUCACAAUGGCGACAACCAACACUGCUGCUCGAUACUUUGCACUGUUCCUUAUGCUUCCUGGAACCUACGGGUGCUUCCAGAUCUCCAACGCCUGGAUGGCCAACAUUGGUGCCCGCCCCCGCAAGAAGCGCGCCAUCAGUCUGGCUAUGAAUAACUCGGUUGGAAACCUGGCGCUUGUGUGGACUCCCUAUCUGUACCCUGCUAGCGAGGGACCGCGGUACAUGACGGCAUGGUCCGUCAACCUGGCUUUGACCGUCAUCACCAUCGCCAGUUCCAUUGCUCUUACAUGGUGUCUCAGGAGGGAUAACAAGAAGAUGGAUGAAAUGGAAUCUACGCUGUCUGUGGAGGAAGGAAUUUCUGGCAAGAAUCUGUCCGAGCACCUCGAGAAGCAUGGCGAGCACACGACGGUCGGUCGACCCCUGGGAGGAAUCAAUGCUGGUUCUAAGGCCAGAUAUGAUAUCUAA